AUGCAGAAGGUAAAGAUGUUCGUAUCGCGCAAUCUGGUGGCGAUCGUGAUGAUUCCGUCGCUGAUCGGUCUUCACUGGGCGUGGGAUUCGCUGCAGCAUAACAGAGCACUCGUCUCCGAUCAAGAGCGUAAAGAUCUACCGGUCGUGAUCGCAGCUAAAGCUAUGUGGCAACGUGUUACGAAUAAAACCGAUCCGAAUGAACAACAGGACAAACCGCAGUAA